CCCCCUUUCUCUCUCUCACGAUCUUCCCUUUUCUUAAUUCUUUAUGAUUUUUGAUUCACAAUCGGCUAAUCCAUUACUUCGAUUGCCUAUCGAUCGACCAAAAACCACUGAUUAGUUUCGAACCAUUCAAUACCCAAAAUAUUUUACAUUUCUUUGAUUUCCAGUUCCGAUUUGUCUGGAUAAACCCUAAUGGCCGACGAGAAAGAGGUGAAGGAAGUGGUUGGAGAGAAGACCGAUGAUAAGAAAAAGAACAUGAGCAAGAAGAAGAGCGGAAUUCUCUCUCGGAUUUGGAAUACAGUGUUUAGGUCGCGAAGCGAUGAUUUUGAGAAGAGACUGCAGUAUAUAUCUAAAGAAGAGGCUACGCUUCUAUCGCGAAUGAAGAGACGAGCUCUGAGAUGGAGGCGAACAGCCAGGAACAUAAUCAUCUUCUCUGUUAUCCUUGAGUUUGUUGCAAUUGGUUAUGCUAUCAUGACAACAAGAACAGUAAACAUGGACUGGAGAACGAGAUCAUUGCGAGUCCUACCAAUGUUUCUUCUUCCUGCCAUAUCAUUCGCUCUGCAUUAUGGACUUUUGAGCUUCACGAGAUUCGGUGAUCGAAGGGAUCAGAAAGCACUAGAGAGGCUUCGCUCUGAAAGGCAAGCAAAAAUCGAUGAACUUAAAGAAAGGACUAAUUACUACAUUACUCAACAACUCAUUCAGAAAUAUGAUCCUGAUCCAGCAGCAAAAGCAGCAGCUGCAUCUGUUCUCGCAUCAAAACUGGGUGCAGAUUCAGGCCUGAAAAUGUUUCUUGGAAACGAAUCACAACCAAAUCCGUAUACCACAGGGAAGAACAACGAGGUUGAGGUGCAUCAAACUACUGGUCUCAGGAAACGAAAUCAAUCAAACCUUAAAUCUCAAGGAAGCAAUACAGUAAAUCAACAAUCAGAAACAGAAAUCGGAGAUUUGGUUUCUGAGAGAUCUUCACAUGGUGAUCUUGUUGUUGAUCAUCAUGAUCCUGCAACUUUAGGUGGUCAAGAUGGUGGUUGGAUUGCUCGAAUUGCUGCAAUGCUUGUGGGAGAAGACCCAACUCAAUCAUAUGCACUUAUAUGCGGGAAUUGCCAUAUGCAUAAUGGACUUGUGAGAAAGGAGGAAUUCCCUUUUAUUACUUACUAUUGUCCCCAUUGUCAUGCGUUGAAUAAACCAAAGAAUUCAGGAGUUUCUUCUGAAGCAACCAUGUCCCCUGUUUUGGGACCUUCAAGAACAGUAAGUGCAGAUGUUAAAUUGAUUGAAGAAAAUAAUGAAAAGGUAGUACCUGGUGAGAUUAUCAGCCACGUGGCAGGUGAUGUGGAGGAGAAAGAAGUGAGUGAGAAAAUAGUGGGAGAUGAGUGAUGGAUUUUUGUGGUUUGUUGUUUUGUUGUGUAAGAGGAUGAAUUUUGAGGUGUUAAUAUACACAUAGGAAUCACUGUCGUGUUGGAUGAUCUAUUAUUGUUUGCAGAUGUAUAAUAAUAAUACAUCAAUUUCUGCUU